GUUCAACCUGGAUCCCUUCACGAAGAAACUAUCUGCUCUAAAUUCAUACUGACAAUGCCUUUUCACUUCCGCUGACAUAUCUGAUAGCCAACUAAUUGUCACCGAAGGAAACAUUUCCGAGCGAUGACAAUGUUGGGCAUGUAUGUGCCAGACAGAUUUUCCCUGAAGUCGUCAAAGGUCCAGGAUGGAAUCGGUCUAUACACGGCGAGGCGAGUCAAAAAGGGAGAAAAGUUUGGCCCCUUUGCUGGUGAGAAAAAGCUGCCCAGUGAGUUGGAUGAAAGCUCGGACACCAGGCUGAUGUGGGAGGUCCGUGGCAGUAAAGGAGAUGUUCUGUAUAUUCUGGAUGCGAGCAAUCCCCGCUAUGCCAACUGGCUGCGGUUUGUCCAUCAGGCGCCUUCGCAGGAGCAGAAGAACUUGGCAGCCAUUCAGGACGGGGAGAACAUCUUCUACCUGGCUGUGGAUGACAUAGAGACAGACACGGAGCUCCUGAUAGGCUACCUGGACAGUGAUAUGGAAGAGGAGGAAGAAGAAGAGGAAGAGGAUAUUAAAGAUGAAGAUGAGAACAGUAAAGAGGCCAAGCACCUUGUAGAAAUGGAACUAGUAAUAAAGAAGGAAGACCACCCCUGCUUGCUGUGUGAGAGCAGUUUUCCGAGUGAAGAGAUCCUGGCUGCCCACCUCCAGAGUCUGCACCAAAGGCCCAGCACAGAGGAGAAGGAGUUCAAAUGCAGGAACUGUGGCAAAAAGUUUCCCAUCAAACAGGCUCUGCAGCGCCAUGUUUUGCAUUGUUCUGAGUCACUAGACCCAUCAGCUGACUCCAAAGCCCAUCAGUGCUCCCUGUGCCAUUACACAUUCAGCUCAGAGUCCAGUUUUGAACAACAUAAGGAAGCCUGUAAAGGAGACGCCAGGUUUAUAUGUAAAGCCGAGAGCUGCGGCAAAAGAUUUAAGAGCAAAGACGCUCUGAAGAAGCAUAAAGGAAAUGUUCACACAGGGAGUGCACGACGGAAACUCACAUGCACCAUAUGCAACAGAAAAUGCUCCUCUUCCCUGAAUUUACAAGAACACAGGAAGAUACACGAAAUAUUUGAAUGCCACGCUUGUGACAAAAAGUUCAUCUCUACGAAUCAACUGAAACGCCACAUGAUAACACACUCGGAGAAGCGACCGUACACCUGUGAGAUCUGCAGUCGGUCAUUCAAGCGUUUGGACCAGGUGACGGCUCAUAAGAUCAUCCACAGCGAGGAUAAACCGUACAAAUGUAAGCUGUGUGGGAAGGAGUUUGCACACCGCAAUGUCUACAAGAAUCACAAGAAGACGCACUCUGAGGAAAGGCCUUUCCAGUGUGAGGAAUGCAAAGCGCUGUUCCGCACCCCCUUCUCUUUACAGCGUCAUCUUCUCAUCCACAAUAGUGAGAGAACAUUCAAGUGUGACCAGUGUGACGCCACCUUCAAGAGGAAGGACACGCUCAACGUCCACAUCCAGGUGGUGCACGACGGCCACAAGAAGUACAAGUGCGACCUGUGCGAGAAGGCUUUUGUCACUCCUUCUGUCCUCAAGAGCCACAAGAAGACACACACGGGGGAGAAGGAGAAGAUUUGCCCAUACUGCGGGCAAAAGUUCGCCAGCAACGGCACGCUAAGGGUCCACAUCCGCAGCCAUACAGGAGAAGCCGUAUAAAUGCAGCGAGUGCAACAAGGCCUUCAGUCAGAAACGAGGACUGGACGAGCACAUGAGGACUCACACAGGAGAGAAGCCUUUUCAAUGUGAUGUCUGCGACCUUUCAUUCAGCUUGAAGAAGAUGCUCAGCAGGCACAAGCUGACGCACAACCCCAACCGACCGAUGGCAGAGUGCCAGCUGUGCCACAAGAAGUUCACCAGGAACGACUACCUCAAAGUCCAUAUGGAGAAUGUCCACGGGGAAACGGAGAGUUAGAGCCAAUUAAGGAAGCACUGGCUAAAAACGAGAUCUUAUUCUUCAGAUAAACUUAAGUCUUGUGCUCUAAGAUGAUAUGCAGAUAGAAAGAUAGCAGAAAUGUUGCUAAUAAUGAUACAUGCAUGUAGGACAUGGAAAAGAUUAAGGCGAGUAUUUCAAAAUUGAAACAUUGACUGUGUAUUUGUACUUUCUUUCGGUCAUACUGUUUCCAUAUUGCUUUUGGAGAUCUGAACAAACAGAAUCCCAGAUAUGUUUGAUCUGCCUCCGGAGCCUCUGUGUCUGCUCCGGUCUUUCUGAACUCUAACCAGUGUUACUGUACAUACUGCCACAACAUGACCCAUUCCACUGUUAUCUGAAUACCUUACUGUACAGUUGUGGCCAGUUGCCAAGUGAUGAAGACAAGUUGUGACCAAAAACUUUUCUGUGCACUUUAGUUUUAACCGUACACUUUCUACAUAUUUUCCUGUUGGGAGGCUAAACCCUUUUGUUCAGGAGGCAAAACAAAGCAUGGGUCUCAAGGGCAGAAAAAUAAAUCCAGCGAAGUGACAAAAACUGCAGGCCUCAGCUAAAAUUGUUUAGCUAAAUGGAGCCACUAAACUAGAUUCUGACCAUAUUUGUGGUGUCGGUGCUGUUUUGAGUAUUU